AUGAAGCUGGCCAUUAUUUCGAGGAGGUAUUUAGAGAACGCUAUUGGCUCCGUGGCCGGCUGUUUCACGCGAAUUACAGCCUCCGGGAUAGCCGGGAAGGAUGCGAGCGAUAAGGGGUCGAUGCCAGUGCCGGCCCCGGAACGAGUGAAGGCGCUUGAGUCAUCUCCAAUGUGCCUGGGCUCGGCCAUGUCUAAUUUGCUCGAUAUUCUUGAACAAGCCCUGUCUGCGACAUCUAGCAGUGUCCGCGUUGCACUACUUGCUACUGGUGGGUUGGCCUCCAACUGCUUCGCGAGUUGA